CUUGUAUAUCCAUCUCAAGUCACGUGGUUUCCAGUUUCCCCAUAUUUUCAAGUAUAAGUUCUCGGGCCCUGUCCCAAUUGUGAGGUUACGAAAUGACCGCAAAGAAACGAUGGCUAAAUAAAAUUUAUCACGAUUCUCAAGAUUUUCCUAAAAGUACUCAAUCAGAUAUAUCAUGGAGCAGUUCAGAAUCUGAUGAAGAAACGCGUAUGAAGAAGUGCAAGGUGGAAAGUGCAAAAGAUAGAUGGAUUACAUCCAAUAUAAAACACAAUCAGAAGACUUUUCCUGUAAAAAUGAGAAAUGAUAUGUGGCAGUCAUCAAAUUGUUACCAAUCGGAUGCUAUAAAUGUUUGGGAUUUAAAUAACUCAGCACCGAAAGUUAUUCAUACACCAAACGCAACUUGUAGCAAAACAAGUAAAAUUGACACAUCGUUACGUCAGAAUUGUGAAUCUCCUAUAAUUACUAACAUGAAGGUAGAAGAAUUGUCACCUGUGAUUGUACAAACUCGAUAUGAUUUCAACAUAACUAAACAGGCUUCUCCCAUUCUAGGUAAUAAAAUGCAUGUAUUAAAAAAAAAUCGUUCCAAUUAUAAAACAAGGCGUAUUGUCAAACAGGAUGAAUCUUCUCCAGAUUUAUUUGAAAUGCCGUCUACACAAAUCAUAGAAUCUGAUUCCCCUGAACUGAAAAAUGAUUUGUCUUUAUUUGAACCUGAUACUUUAUUACCAACUGAACGUAUAGAUCCAUUUCCUAGUCAACAUAGCUCACAAAUAAUUAAUUCAAAUACUGAAAGUUCACCAGGAAAAGACAUAUCUUUGUACCACCAACCUGCUCCUAAGAAGAAACGCUAUAAAAAAGGGGGAUUAGCAUCACUUUUACAAAAAACGUUACAUCUUCAAAGAACAAGAAUUUCCAUUUGGCAUCAUGAAAUGUACACAAAAAAGAUUGAUAAUAUUAUUAGCUUUGAACAAGGAAAGGUUAUCGUUUUUGUAGUUAAAAAUAAAUGGAAGGAGUAUGGAAAUAACCUAUUGGAUUGCCACUCAAUUGAUUUAUUACCAAUGGAAGAUAGUUCAGAGUUACCUACUGAAAAUAAUUUUAUAGUCAUUGUAGGUUUUAGCGCUAAUCUAAACUUUACUUUGAAAACAAAUAAGCAAUACAAAUUAUUUCCUCCAUAUAGUGUAAAAACUGUCAACUACAAGUCCCUGGAAGUUUCUUGUUACUUUAAUGUAACUAAAUUAGUGCCUUUGAAAGAUCUGUGACAUGUUUUAUACCUACGCAGGUAACUAUUAAAAUAUUUUAUUUAAUGUUUAUAUUAUGUAUGUAUUAU